AUGGUUUGCAUAUUGGGAAUUGAAAGCAGCGCUAAUAAAGUUGGUGUUGGAAUUAUUCGUGAUGGCAAGGUGUUGUCAAAUCCUCGGGCUACUUUCCAUGCCCCACUUGGCCAAGGAUUUCGACCACCCGAAACAGCAGCACAUCAUAGGCAAAAUGUCGUUCGCAUUGUUAUUGAUGCUUUACAACAGGCUGAUAUCAAAAAUCCACAAAAUGAAAUUGAUGGAAUUGCUUAUACAAAAGGACCAGGAAUGGGUGCUCCACUGCAAGUUGGUGCAAUCGUAGCACGUACAUUGUCGCAGUUAUGGUCGAUCCCGAUUUAUCCAGUGAAUCAUUGUAUUGGGCAUAUUGAAAUGGGACGUCUUAUUACGAAAGCGGAAAAUCCAGUAGUACUCUAUGUCAGUGGAGGCAAUACUCAGGUCAUCAGCUAUUCUAAUCAACGCUAUAGGAUAUUUGGUGAAACGUUAGAUAUUGCUGUUGGUAAUUGUCUGGAUAGAUUUGCACGAUUGGUAGACCUUUCAAAUGAUCCGUUCCCAGCUUACAAUUUGGAACAGCUUGCCUUAGAAGGCAAAAAGCUUAUCUCAUUACCAUAUACUGUAAAAGGAAUGGAUUUAUCACUUUCUGGCAUACUUUCUUAUGUCAAACACAAAGGUUUGCAAAUGAUUCGAGCUGGUGAAUGUACUGCUGCUGAUCUGUGUUUCUCUUUGCAGGAAACAGUAUUUGCUAUGUUAGUAGAAAUCACCGAAAGAGCGAUGGCACAUUGUAGUAGUAACGAAGUAUUAAUCGUAGGUGGUGUUGGUUCUAAUAAGCGUCUUCAAGCGAUGAUGUCAGCUAUGGCCGAACAACGAGGUGCGAAAUUAUUUGCGACAGAUGAAAGAUUCUGUAUUGAUAACGGCGCAAUGAUUGCCCAAGUUGGUUGGCAUAUGGCAAAUGCUAAAAUGGUAAUUGCUCUUGACGAGUGUAGAACCACGCAACGUUUUCGCACUGAUCAAGUCCAUGUUGUCUGGCUUCAGUCAUGUAUAGAAGCAGCUGAGCGGUAUUAUUUCUGGAUAUUUGUUAUUCUAAUCCUUCCAGCCAUUAUUAACUUUGCUUCAUUAGCGUUAUCACUUGUCACCAUUUUUCACGUUCGUCGAUUGAAAAGUGUUACAGAAGCUGUCACCAGCAGCACCCAUUGGUUGGCAAGAACGGCAAAUCGAGUUGGAUUCGGUAUCACUGCGCGUAAUGCAUUAAUGGAAUAUGCAAAAAAGAAAAAUUUGGGAAAAUUGAUUCCAAGUAGCGCAUAA